AUGCGCAAUCCCGUAGCCUGUGUGUCCUGCCGGUCGGCCAAGCAGAAGUGCAUCCACGAGGACCGGCCGCCGUGCGACAGAUGCAAGCAGAGCGGGCGGGCCGACGCGUGCGAGUUCCCAGCGCCCGGAACGAGUGCCAUCCACCGCAAGCCCAAACGGCCACGGCACUCUGAAGACGCAGGCGAUACGCCGCCCUCGCUGCCACAUGCAAAUGCACACCACUCCACCUCCUUCGCCGCGCCCCAGCAGGGCCGCCGCAAUGACGUACCCGUGCCGGUCGGCAUCGCUGCCGCUACACAGGCCUCGCCGACGGCGGCAUCUGCUGCUGCCCUGCUCGACGGCCUCGAUCCCUUCGACCUGCUGACCGACGAGGUCAAGAACAGCUACCUGCGCUGCUCCUACAAGUGGAGCUUCCACCAUACCCCCACGCUGCUGCUGCGCAUCCGCGACCGCACCCUCGAGCCAUGGAUGGCCUGGGCGAUGCUGGCGCUCGCCAUCCGCUUCGUCAAAGACCCUCCCCCGCCCUUCCGCACCCAGACUGAGGCCAGCAAUGCCUACGCCGCCCAUGCCCGCCAGAUUCUGCAGCAGGACCUCGAGACGCCCUCCAUCAGCCGCGUCCAGGCCCUCCUCAUGCUCACUGGCCAUGACUGGGGCGCCGGCAAUGGCAGACGCGCCUGGAUCUACCUUGGCAUGGCCAUCCGCCUCGUCGAAGUCAUGGACCUGACCCGCGAGACGGGCAUCCCCCGCAACCGCGUCCCGACCCGCGAGGAGUUCAUCGAGGCAGAGGUCCGCCGCCGCACUGCCUGGACCUGCUUCCUCAUGGACUCGUUGCUGAGCGGCGGUAAGGGCCGUAAGAGGUCAUUGACCGCCGCAGACAUGUCCAUCCAGCUGCCCUGCGAGCGCGAGGACUUUGUCUUUGGCGAGCCCAAGUGCACCCCCCAGCUCGACAACACGAAGCGCACACCCCCUGUGGCCCUGCCCAUUGGCGAAAUCGGCAUCAUUGGCUACAGCAUGCGCGCCGCAAACAUCUGGGGCAAGGUCGCCCGCUGGGCUUGCAACGAGGACCUGAAGACGGAGCUCCCCUGGUCCUCAUCGUCGCAGUUCCAACAGCUCAUCUACGAGCUCGAGGGCUGGAAGUCGUCCCUGCCCCAGCGCCUCCAGUACGAUCUCUUUACCAUUCACAGUCACAAUGCCGUUGAGCAAGGCCAAGCCUACUGUUACAUGCACUGCAUCCACUUUAUGAGCUACAUGUUCUUGCAUCGCGCCUAUCUGCCCGUUCUCGGCCCCCAUCAGAAUGGCGCUGGUGCCGAGGAGAAGCACAACGCCUACGAUGAACAUCGCGACAUGUGGAAAAAGUGGGAGAGGUCUUCCCGGAGAGAGCUGUUCAAGGACGCCGUCAUGGUCCUCGACAUGCUCGAGGAGAUGCGCACGUUCGGUGUCUAUUUCCUCCGCGGACUAGUCCCUUGGGUCGGCUUCACCAUUUACACUGCCGUCGGCGCCAUGCUGUACUCUUUCAACUUCCCCAGUGGUGACGACGACCCUCGCUGGCAGGAAAAGGCUCGAAAGAGCGUCAUCCAAGGCUGCAACUUCCUCAAGGAGAUGAAGACACAAUGGCCAAUGGCUGAAACAUGGUUUGACACCAUCAGGCGCAUGCAAGCCUACUACCGCUCCGUGUUGGGCCAGGAUGGCCCAGCGUCUCCAGAAGAACGCCAAGCUCUCCGCCACGCCAUGAUUGACUACGGCGCGCUGCAGCCAUCACCAGUACAGAAGCCAAGUGAAUCUUCUAGAGUUCAUGAGUCUCCUUUGGCUCCCUCGGUCCACUCGCCCACGGAUCAUCAGAUUCAUCGCAAACCCAUAAUCGCAAACCUUACAAACCCCUCGCAGAGCAGCCCAAUGCCUACCACGGCCGCUACGCCCAGCAGUUACACUCCCAAUGUGUCCUGGAACACACCACCAGCAGUUCCACCUCUUGAAGCAGACGAGACUUUCAACCUUGAUUCCUUUGACCUGACAAACGAGGAGCUCGAGGCCAUGAUGAUGAAUGCUACCCAAGAAUUCUGGGCCAGUUUUCCAGGUGAGGUUGGAGUUGGAUACUAG